AUGUUACAAAACAAUAAUAAUGUGUAUUUGAAUGUAUUUAUAAUAAGACUGCAAGGAAUUCAGUGCUGUGAACCAUGUCUCAUGGAUUGGAUGAACGAGGAUGACCCUGAUGACGAGAUUAUUAAGUGUUUAAAGUGCAAUACACCAAUCAAAGCUGCAGCACAUGUGCUGAGUGGAAUGGGACUUAAACAAUUUUAUAAACUAGUUGAACGCAAUGAUAAAAAAAUAAAGAAAAACGGACACUUUGUUUAUCCCGUAGUCGGCAAAGUACAGAUGUACCAGUUAUUCGUGGACUUCGACCGCAAUAACGAGGACUUGGCAGAUGAAAGAAUCCAAAAACCAUGA